AUGGGCCCCCGUACCGCCUCCUCAUGCUGCUGCCAGGCCCGUAAUCUGCCAUGGGCCCCCGUACCGCCUCCUCAUGCUGCUGCCAGGCCCGUAAUCUGCCAUGGGCCCCCGUACCGCCUCCUCAUGCUGCUGCCAGGUCCAGAGUGUGUCCUCAUGGGUCCCUGUACGGCCUCCCAUUGCUGCUGUCUCCAUCGCCACACUCUGCCAUGUGCCACUUUCAGGUCUCCUCACACUGCUGGUGGAUUCCAUUUUGUCAUAGGGUGCUGUAUGGCCUCCCAUUGCUGCUGCCUCCACCGCCACACUGUGGCUCCACACUCUGGUUUUGGCCCCGUGACUGCCCAAAUGAGUGAAGUGUGCGGUGAUUCUAAGAUCGACGGCACUCAUCUGCAUGUCAUACUGACUGACAGUAUUAUUUCUCUUCCCCAGCAGACUCCAAGGGCAUUUAAAUUAAAGGUACAGUGUUCUGCACUAAUAUAA